AUGACGGGAACUGAAGCAGUGGAGGAGAAGAAACUUAGCAAAAAUGAACAAAAACGACAGCUGAAAGCACAGCAGAAGCUGAAAGAAAAAGCAGAGAAAGAACUGCAACGUGCUGCAGCUGCGACAGCUGCUACAACAAUGGAAAAAGGCAAGCGAGAUGAAAAAAUGGUGGAUCCAUCGGACCCACAAGAGUAUUUCAAACUGCGAACAACUUUGAUUAACGAACGUCGAAGUAAAGGCAUCAAUCCAUAUCCCCACAAAUUUCACGUUUCGAUAUCUUUAACCGAUUUUAUCGAAAAGUAUGACAGUUUGGAGAAGGAUGUCAUAUUAAAUGACAGUAUUCAAAGUGUAGCUGGGCGAAUAUUUUCAAAACGAGAAUCAGGAGGAAAAUUAAUAUUUUAUGAUCUUCAUGGAGAAGGAACGCGUCUACAAGUACUCGCAAAUGCUAGAUUUCACAGUGGCGAUGAGUCAUUUGACAGUCUUCAUGAUAGAAUCAAGCGGGGAGAUAUUAUUGGUGUGAAUGGAUAUCCAGCAAGGUCUAAAUCUGGCGAACUGAGUAUUAUACCACGAGAGAUCGUUCAAUUGACUCCAUGCUUGCACAUGUUGCCACAUACACACUUCGGUUUGAAAAAUCAAGAGACCAGAUAUCGGAUGCGUUAUCUGGAUUUAAUCAUGAAUACCGAUGUCAAGAAUAAAUUUGUGACUCGGUCGAGGACAAUCAGUUUUUUGAGACGUUAUCUUGAUAACUUAGGUUUCUUGGAGGUUGAAACACCCAUGAUGAAUCUUAUAGCUGGUGGUGCUACAGCUAAACCAUUCAUCACACAUCACAAUGACCUCGAUAUGGACCUUUAUCUUCGAGUUGCACCUGAAUUGUAUCUGAAAAUGUUGGUGGUCGGUGGCAUUGAUCGUGUUUAUGAAAUAGGACGAGUGUUCCGUAAUGAAGGGAUUGACCAAACUCAUAAUCCAGAAUUUACAACAUGCGAAUUUUACAUGGCUUAUGCAGACUAUGAGGAUUUAAUGAAAAUUACUGAGGAUAUGCUUUCGAGACUGGUUUAUUCUAUACAUGGAACUUACAAAAUUCAAUAUCACCCGAAUGGUAUAGGCGAGGAACCCGUAUACGAAGUUGAUUUCACUCCACCUUUUCAACGAGUAGAUAUCUAUGAUGGAUUGCAAGAAAAACUUGGUGUUAAAUUCCCUCCAGCUAACACUCUCGACACCGAUGAAGCAAAUAAAUUCUUUGAUAAGUUAGCAGUUGAAAAUAAUGUCGAAUGUCCAGCUCCACGAACAACAGCAAGAUUGCUUGAUAAGUUAAUCGGUGAAUUCUUGGAACCAACAUUUAUAUCGCCAACUUUUCUCACCGGACAUCCACAGCUAAUGUCGCCCUUAGCAAAAUGGCACCGUUCGAUGCCUGGCCUAACAGAAAGAUUCGAAUUGUUCGUAGUCACCAAAGAGAUCGUUAACGCUUAUACGGAAUUGAAUGAUCCACUGACACAACGGCUUCGUUUCGAAGAACAAGCAGAGCAAAAGCAAGCAGGUGAUGACGAAGCACAAAUUAUCGAUGAAAAUUUUUGUACCGCAUUGGAGUACGGUUUACCACCAACUGCUGGAUGGGGUAUUGGUAUUGAUCGUCUGACUAUGAUCUUAACUGACAGCAAUAAUAUCAAAGAAGUGUUGUUCUUCCCAGCAAUGCGGCCUGAUGAAAAGACUACAAAUCUUUCAAACGAAGGAGGUAAUGCGUAA